CCGCUCUCUCCUUCCUCCGCUCACGCACCUCGAAGAAGUCGUGUUCCCGUGGGAAGCGCACCAGGCGCGGCGCGAAGCGGAAGGGCGCGGCCCCGGCUGCGGGGUCCCGCUCCACGGGUAGAGGCUCGGCCGACCCGGGUGGCCCCGCCAGGCGUGCGUGCAGCGCGGGUGACAGCUGCAUCGCCCUGAGCGCCAGCGGCGCCACGGCCUGUCGGCCACCGUCCGCGAGCCGGCCGGGGCGGGGCCGGACGUGACGUAGAGCGCCAUUUCCGCCGCCGGCGGGGCUGCCCUGCGGGCUUGGCGGGCUUGGCGGGCUUGGGCCGGGCGCGCCCCUGCGGCAGACUGAGCUGAAGGGGAAGCCCACCCAGCUCCAGUACAUAGAUGUGUAGCAGUCUUCGCAAAGCCCAGCCUGGGCGGGCAGCGUCCUGGUUACCAGAGUGCACAGAGAACACACAGCUGGAGGCAACUGGAGCUGCAGGAGAACACAGAACCAAAAUCAUGAGUGAAUUUCGGAUUCACCACGACGUCAAUGAGCUGCUCAGCCUGCUGCGAGUGCACGGAGGGGACGGGGCCGAGGUCUACAUCGACCUGCUGCAGAAGAACAGGACCCCGUACGUCACAACCACUGUGUCUGCACACAGUGCCAAAGUUAAAAUAGCAGAAUUUUCUCGUACUCCUGAGGACUUUCUGAAGAAAUAUGAUGAACUGAAAUCUAAGAACACGAGGAACCUUGACCCCCUGGUGUACCUGCUGUCGAAGCUCACAGAGGACCGGGAGACCCUGCAGUAUUUACAGCAGAAUGCCAAGGAGAGAGCGGAGCUUGCGGCCGGCGCCGCAGCCAGCAGCACUGGCAGCUCCGGCGCCCCCGCCGCAGCCUCCAGGAUCUCCGUGCAGGAGCUGGAGGAGCUGAGGAAGCAGCUGGGCAGCGUGGCCACGGGCCCCACGUGGCAGCAGUCUCUGGAGCUCACGAGAAAGAUGCUUCGAGACAAGCAGAACAAAAAAAACUUGGGCCAGCGCCUCCCUGUCUUCCCAUCGUGGGUGUACGAGAGGCCCAUGCUGCUCGGGGACUUCCUGACAGGCUCAGGCACGAGCAUGGACGCGGCUGUGCCCAUCGGCACACUGCCCCUGGCUGCCCAGGAGGCGGCCGUCGUGGAGGACCUGCUGUACGUGCUGGUGGGUGUGGAUGGCAGGUACAUCACCGCCCAGCCCCUCACGGGGAGGCAGAGCCGCACGUUCCUCGUGGACCCCAGCCUCGACCUGUCCAUCCGGGAGCUGGUGAGCAGGGUCCUCCCGGCAGCCUCCAGCUACUCCACCGUGACCAGGUUCGUCGAGGAAAAGUCCUCCUUCGAGUACGGGCAGGUGAACCACGCCUUGGCGGCCGCCAUGAGAACACUAGUGAAAGAGUACCUGAUCCUGGUCACGCAGCUGGAGCAGCUGCAGAGGCAGGGCCUCCUGUCCCUGCAGAAGCUCUGGUUCCACAUCCAGCCGGCCAUGCGCACCGUGGACAUUCUGGCUUCCCUGGCCACCUCGGUGGACAAAGGCGAGUGUGUCGGGGGGUCGACCCUGAGCCUGCUGCACGACCGGAGCUUCAGCUACACGGGCGACAGCCAGGCACAGGAGCUGUGUCUGUACCUCACCACGGCCGCCAGCGUGCCCUACUUCGAGAUCCUGGAGAAGUGGAUCUACAGGGGCAUCAUCGACGACCCGUACAGCGAGUUCAUGGUGGAGGAGCGUGAGCUGCGCAAGGAGAAGAUCCAGGAGGACUACAACGACAGGUACUGGGAGCAGCGCUACACCGUGGUGCAGCGGCAGAUCCCGUCCUUCCUGCAGAAGAUGGCGGGCAAGGUGCUCAGCACAGAGGAUGUUGUAAAGGAUGCAGAUGAACAGCCCGAUGAGGAGGUCCGUGGGGCAGGUGUGGCAGGGUUCCGAGCACAGGAGAGCCUGUCCCCGUGGAGCUGGGGUGUGCCGGGCGCCACCCUCCUGGCAGGAAAAUAUCUGAAUGUGGUCAGAGAGUGUGGCCAUGACGUCACCUGCCCUGUGGCCAAAGAGGUCAUCUACACGCUGAAGGAGCGCGCGUACGUGGAGCAGAUCGAGAAGGCCUUCAACUACGCCAGCAAGGUGCUGCUGGACUUCCUCAUGGAGGAGAAGGAGCUCGUGGCCCGCCUGAGGUCCAUCAAGCGCUACUUCCUGAUGGACCAGGGCGACUUUUUCGUGCACUUCAUGGACCUCACGGAGGAGGAGCUGAAGAAGCCGGUGGACGACAUCACGCCCACCCGCCUGGAGGCGCUGCUGGAGCUGGCCCUGCGCAUGAGCACCGCCAACACCGACCCCUUCAAAGAUGACCUCAAGAUCGACCUGAUGCCUCAUGACCUCAUCACCCAGCUUCUGCGUGUCCUCGCCAUCGAGACCAAGCAGGAGAAGGCGAUGGUCCACGCUGACCCCACCGAACUCACGCUGAGCGGCCUGGAGGCCUUCUCCUUCGACUACGUGGUGAAGUGGCCCCUGUCUCUGAUCAUUAACAGGAAAGCCCUGACCCGCUAUCAGAUGCUCUUCAGACACAUGUUCUACUGCAAGCACGUGGAACGGCAGCUCUGCAAUGUUUGGAUCAGCAACAAGACUGCCAAGCAGUACUCCCUGCACUCGGCCAAGUGGUUCGCGGGCGCUUUCACCCUGCGGCAGCGGAUGCUCAACUUCGUCCAGAACAUCCAGUACUACAUGAUGUUCGAGGUGCUGGAGCCGACCUGGCACGUCCUGGAGAAGAGCCUGAGAUCUGCCUGCAACAUCGAUGACGUGCUGGGACACCACACCAGCUUCCUGGACAACUGCCUGAAGGACUGCAUGCUGACCAACCCCGAGCUGCUGCGCGUCUUCUCCAAGCUCAUGUCCGUGUGCGUCAUGUUCACCAACUGCAUGCAGAGAUUCACGCAGAGCAUGAAACUGGACAGCGAGCUGGGCCACCUGACCCUGGAGCACGGCACGAUGCGGGGGCCGCCCACGGAGGCCGAGCGUGCCGAGGAGCGUGCCCGCAAGGAGCGUGCCCGCAAGUGCCUGGCCGAGCACGUGGACGCUCCGCAGCUGGCCUCCAGCUUCGAGGCCACCAUCAGUAAGUUCGAUAAGAAUUUCUCAGCCCACCUGCUCGACCUCCUGGCCCGGCUGAGCAUCUACAGCACCAGCGACUGCGAGCACGGCAUGGCCAGCGUCAUCUCCAGGCUCGACUUCAACGGCUUCUACACAGAGCGGCUGGAGCGCCUGUCUGCAGAGAGGAGCCAGAAGGCGGCCCCCCCAGUGCCCAGCCCGCGGGGGCCCCCAGCUCCAGCGCCCAGGGUCACCGUCACUGCGCAGUGAGGCCAGCCGCUCCUGCCACAGCUGGAGCCUCAGGUGGAUGAGUUCAGAGGUUUCUCACCAGAUGUUUCCAGAACACUUGUGCUGUGUGUCCUGUUUAAACAUAAAGUUGAAUUGCCUGCA